CAUACAAGCAAGCAGCCAAGCAACGAGGAGAGAAAGGAUCACAGGGCAGGGGAUAGGGAGGGAGAAGCAGAGCACGCGCAAGCGAGAGGGAGGCGGAGAUAGAGUGAGAGAGAAUGCAGGAGCAGGCGGCGAGCUCGCUGCCUUCCAGCAGCGAGAGGUCGUCCAGCUCCGCGCAUCACAUGGACAUGGAGAUGGAGGUCAAGGAAGGGAUGGAGAGUGAUGAGGAGAUAAGGAGGGUGCCGGAGCUGGGCCUGGAGCUGCCGGGCGGUACUUCCACGUCUGGCAGGGAGGCCGGCCCCGGAGGCCCCGAGCGCGGCCAGUCGUCCACGGCGCAGGCCAGCGCGCGCCGCCGCGUACGUAGCCCCGCGGACAAGGAGCACAAGCGCCUCAAAAGAUUACUGAGGAACCGGGUUUCAGCCCAGCAGGCGAGAGAGAGGAAGAAGGCUUAUUUGACUGAUCUGGAGGUGAAGGUGAACGACCUGGAGAAGAAGAACUCCGAGAUGGAAGAGAGGUUCACCACCCUCCAGAAUGAGAACCAGAUGCUCCGACAGAUACUGAAGAAUACAACUGUAAGCAGAAGAGGUCCAGGUAGCACUGCCAGUGGAGAGGGCCAAUAGCACAGAAGAUGACAGGAAAAUAGUAAUGCUUUAUGCUAAAAAAUAUGCUUAUGUUAAAUCGAUUUGUUCAGGGUGUUUUCUGGCCAAAGAAGAACCCCAAAAACUGGGGUGAAGAAUAUGUGCAGACGGUUAUAGUAUCUCACUGUAUUAGUACUAUCUGAUGUGCAGACGGUUCAGAAAAAAAAUUUGUGUAAUGGUUUAAAAUUUAAAAUGUAGCACAUAUAAAUUUGGGGUAUUUAGCAUGUUUUACA